ACGCACACAGAAUUACAUGGUACUAGAACUAGAAAGCACACUAGAGCGCUUGACCUUGCACUGCUGACUGAAAUGCAGGACAGAGUCUUUCUUCACUCUUUGACAAUAUAAGAUAAAAACUAUUUUGGUAACACACUUGGAAUGCUGGAGCAGACGAUGUGAUGAUUUUGAUUCAACAAAUAAUCUGCAAAACACAAGAGCAUUGAAGCUAGACUAUUUUCAAUAUCAUAGUGGAAAGAAAAGAAGACGGAUAGAGAUGGAGGCAAGCACAAUGCCUUCAAAGGCCCUGAGGCCCUCAGUAGAAGAAGAUGCAUUGGCAUAUCAGGUACUGGAGAUCAUUGGUGGGAUCACUGUUGAGGCCCUCCAGACCCUGGAGGAACCUGAAGAAAGAGACGUGUUGUCAAUGGAGGAGGGAGAUGACUCUGUGUUCUACAGUGACGAGGACCAAGCUCAUCAGGACAUAAAAGCAAACACAUCUUGUGGUAUUGGUGCCAACGAGUGUGAGCAUGUUGUCAACAGCGUGGCAGCUGAUGAGGAUGACCCAGGGGAAGAAUCCAUUAUGGAUGAAGAAAUUGCCGAGAUGGAGAAGGAAGUGACUCAGUACAUCAUUCUGACUGAACAAGAAGAACGCCAAGAGCUCCAGACACCCAAAACUGAUCCGAAGGAUCAGUCAGAUCCUUCAGAUCCAGGAGCAGAGUCUGAUCUAACGCAAGAGAAGUCAGUGAGCACCCGUGGAGAAUCUCCAAAUUGCACAAUUGCAGACAUGCAAACACAGCAAAUUAUAUCAGCAGAAAAAGCAAAUCUACCAGUUGAGAAAGAAGUGACACCAAACCAUGAACCCUUUGAUGUAACUAAUGAGAAGAGUUAUACAAGGCUGAAUGAGGAGGCAGACGUCCCAGAGCAGAUGUCUAGUGCUGAACUUCAGAUAGCAGGUGACAGGCAGCUUCGGGUGGAGCCAGAGCAGGACCACAACUUCCCUGUCCCUAUGGGGUUUCAUCAAAACCCCAGUCCAGGCUACUCCACUCUGCCUCUGACGAAGAAAUCCUGUGGCAGCGUAGACCACCAGAAAUCCUUCAACCACCUCUCUUCCUCCAAAUAUAGCACCGUGUCCUACCGGAAGAUCCGCCGAGGCAACACCCGCCAGAAGAUAGAGGAGUUUGAGUACAUGGUCAUGAAUUUGUGAGAAGAUGGUUUUAAUCCCUUUUCGAGAAAAAAAUAAAACACGAUCCAUAACCAAACUGAUUGUACAUCUAUGCCAUGUGGUACAGUUUACAUAUUUAUUUGUUCUAAAAUCUAUUGUACAUAGAAUUUAAAAUGUCUGAUGUAACUCUCCAAGUCACACAAUAUUUCCUAAUAGUUGUGCUUUGCAGAAUGAAAACAUUAUGUAAGGCAGUCAAAAAAGAAGCAAAUUACUUAACUAAGACGCUCAGGUCUUUAUAAUCCUACUCGCUAUAAUAACUAAGAUGUUGUUUGGUAUUAGAGCUUGAUGAUCUUAACUAGUAUUAGGGUAAGUAUUCCCAAGUGAAUAACUGAACAUGUCCUAAUGGCUAGUGGAUAAAAUAUAAUAAAGAGAUGCAUGCUA